AUGAAUGGCUUCCAUGUCAGUCUGGGCACAGGUCGUCACCUCAGCGAUUUACCCUUGGAGGAAGUUCUCAUACCAACACUCAAGCACUGGUAUGUUUACCAGCUUGUCUAUCCCCUCUCAGUGGGUAUGGUCAAGUUCAGUAUCUUGGCACAGUACUAUCGUAUUUUCGCUCUCAAGCAAUUUCGAAUAGCCACCAUUGGGGUCGGACUCUUUGUCUUCGUCUACACUAUCACUUGCAUUUUUGUCAAUGCCUUCGAAUGCCACACGAAACCCUGGCGCGCAUGGGAUCCAAGCUUCCCCGAAGGCUGUAACAAUCUCCCCAAGGCUUAUUUCUCCACAGCCGGGAUCAAUAUCCUCACAGAUGUAGUAAUAUUGAUCAUGCCGCUACCACUACUCAUGAAACUUAACCUUCGCAACAGGCGAAAAUCAACAGACGCACUCAUCGCCAUUUUACUGACCGGGACAUUCGCUUCUGUCGCCUCCAUCAUCCGCCUAAGCGCACUAUACAAAUACACAAUAACAAAAGACGUCUCCUACGAUGCGAUCCAAAUCCUCAUCUGGUCGCAGGUCGAAGUCAACGUCGCCAUCAUCUCCGCAUCUGCCCCCUCCCUACGUCCCUUGUUCAACAAUACCUUCAAGGGCUCAUCUUAUGCCCGCUCUUGCGGACAAGCUCCGUGCCACGACGCGUCUUGGACUCCACACGACUAUGAUGCGGCGGUAUCGCAGACGUUGCGGCCGGGGGAUGAUAGGGCUUUUGAGAUGUGGACGAAUGAGGACGGCGAUAAGAGUGGGCCUGUUGAUGGUUCGGGCUUGAGGGUGGUGCCAUCGCAUACUGAUAGGCAUAGCAGUCAGAAGAUUAUGCUGGAGCCUGGGUCAAAUAUUAUGAAGACUGUUGUUAUCGAAAUGAAGAGCGAGAGGGGUGACUGA